AUAUAAGCUGUCCCUUCAGUAGCAUGAACAGUACAUGUCAUAUUGAGUGAUACCUCACAAACGUCAAUAUGGUUCAGUGGACAGACUUCGAGCGCCAAACAAUCCAGAGCAUCUUCGGGAAGAUGGACUACGAUGACGUGGGCCCCGCGGCUCUUUCCAGGUGUCUGAUCGUGUACCCCUGGACCCAGAGGUAUUUUGGUAACUUCGGAAACCUGUCCAACGCCGCUGCCAUCCAGGGAAACCCCAAGGUCGCCGCUCACGGAAAGACUGUCCUGCAAGGACUGGUCCGGGCUGUCAAGAACAUGGAUGACAUCAAGGCCACCUUCACAGAGCUUAGCGUGCUGCACUCCGAGAAAUUGCGCGUGGAUCCCGACAAUUUCCGGCUGCUGGCUGACUGCUUGACUAUUGUCGUUGCUGCAAGAAUGGGUGCUGACUUCACCGCCGACGUCCAGGGGGCUUUCCAGAAGUUCCUUGCCAUCGUGGUGUGCUCCCUGUGCAGACAGUACCACUAGAGCGUUCGUUGCCUGCGUCAAAAUAAACAGAGCAACAUCCGGCGCCCUUCAUUGCAUGUAUCAAAACAGAUGUAUCAAUUCUGAAGGAAAAAUAAAGUGCUAAAUCGAAAA